UAGCGUUUUCAUUUUAUUUUGGCACUUGACGCAUUUAUUUUGAAAAUUCCCCUCCCGGAAAUCCUGGUUCUUUUACUGCAGACAUCCGGACAGCUGUUUCGGCCCACACUCCGGGCCCAGGUGUCACGGUGUUGCACCCGUUACUUCGGCCACACCCCUCGCGGCGCUCGCGCUGCUCCUGCUGCUCCUGCUCGGCGGGUGUCUCGCGCUGGGUCUCGCGCUGGGUCUCUUGCUGUUGGCGCGCUCACGAGAGGAUGGUUCUGUCCACGUCGCAGCAGGUCGCGCUGGCCUUCACGGCCGUGCUGUUCACGUUCGUCGUGCUGCCCCGGAUCUUCGGCGUCGGCGGGACCGGAGCGAAGGAAACGAGAUUUGACCCCCGUUACUCCAAACACGCCGGCGCGGCGAGGGCUCAGCCCGCCAACCCCAACGAGCCCGGCUCAUCGCAGACCGCCGAGAACAUGCAGCAGAUGAAGAAGCUGAUGGAGCAAGAGCUGAAGAGCGACAAGUUCAAGUCCAACAGCAACAAGGGCUACGUGUUCACGCUGAUGCCGCUCUACGCCGUCGGGGUCGGCGUGUUUGCAGCCUACAAGUUCUUGAAGAUCAAGUCUGCUGACGACCAGAAGCAGAAGCAGAAGGUCGCCAAGGGAACCAAUAAGUCUGUGGAAGCAGAGACGCAGCUGAACGAGCUGGAGCAGCGGCUGGCGCAGACGGAGAGGAUGCUGAACUCCAUCCUCACGCAGCUGGACCCGCUCACCAGCUGCGUGAAGUCGGUGGCCCAGGACCAGAAGAAUGAGAUCAUGUCUCAGCUGCAGACCAUCCGGAGCCUGAUGAAGAAGAGGGGGAUGGACUGCCCCCCCCUGACCGAGGCGUCCUGCGAGCGCAACCUGGACGACCUCAUCGAGACGCUGGGAGCCGAGCAGCCGGCGCCAGGGGCCACGAGAGACGAAGAUGGAGCCGCAACCGAAGGAGAAGAGAUGAAGGAGCUCGUACCGGAGGAGGAGGAGGAGGAGGAGGAGGAGGAGGAGGGUGGUGGUGGUGGUGGUAAAGAGGAAGGAUGGGAGGCCACUGAGGUCAUGCCUUCACUCGAGGACUCGUAUGAGACCAACAUGGAGGAGGCGGCAGCGGAGCGGCUGGCGUCCGGCCUCCGGCGCCGCACCAGGCCGGACUGACUGUGUGUGUGUGUCUGUGUGCCAUAAAUCAGACAAUCAUAUUCAAUUGUAUUCGUAUUUCUUGUGGUUAUUUAUUAUUACAUUUUUUUAAACAACUAUUAACAAAUAUUACUUAUUUCUUAGUUUUUUAUAAUUCUGAAUUAGUUUUAUAGAUUGUGUGUGUACCUAGUCCAGAUAUGACAACAAAGAACAACAACAACAAAGCGUUCUGGUUCUGGUGUUUUCUCUCCUGCUGACAUCAUGUUCCACCAUGCUACGUGCUACAUGCUCCUGGAAGUCUCCAGACUACAUCCUAACUCGUCCCCUCAUCGGGUUUGUUAACCUGUUGCAUACUGAUGCAUCAUGAGCUGGUGACCUGAGGGAUGUUGAGAUGUAAAGAUACAAGUACAAUGAAAACAUCCAGUUCCUCAUUUAAAGUAGAUGAAGGAAUGUGAUGGUUGGCAUCACAUGUCUGCAGUUUCAUGUCAGCUUGCCAUGGUCGUCGCCCACAUGUUGAUGGAAUAAAAUUGGCUAAAUGCUCGGCGACGUUAUUCAAGGUUUAUCGCAGUUCUAAUAUAAGAUGAAUUUAUUUUGUGACACCCACAUCGAUAAGUAGCUGGUUUCAUAUCUUCUCUGGUUUCCUGAGUUCGGAUUCUAAAGGUUUACACGUCUUAGGAUCAACCAAUAUUUGCUGUGAUUGAUUUAGUCAAAUGUUUCGUACCACUUCCCCUCCUGUGCAUCCUGUAGUGUGGAGUGUGUUUGAUGUGGGGGGGACUCGGAAGAAAAUAAAACCAUUAAAACGGUAA